AUGAAAACAAAUGAAGAACUUAUGCGUAAAGAAGAAGAGGAAAUUUCAAAAACAAUAGCACUAUCGUUAGCAGAAUAUAAUGCUUCACAAAAUAAAAAUAACGAAAAAAACUUUGAAUUAGAUGAUGAAAAUGAUGAAUUGUUACAAGAAGCUAUAAGGUUGUCAAUUUUAGGGCAUAAGAAAAGUGAAAGCAGAAGUAUUGAUAUUAAUGAUAGUUAUUACGAUAUAAUAAAGAAACAUUUUGAAAAAAUAACUUAUUAUUUAUGUAACACCUAUGAAUCUACAAAAAAUCAAAAUGAUAUAAUUGACAAUAAGUUAUUUUGGAAAGAUAUAUAUAAAAAUUAUAAGAAUAUCUAUAUUAUUAUAAGAGAUUAUCUGAUAAAUUUAAAUAAGAGAAAUGAAAAAUUAAAUGAGGAUACGAGUGACUCUACGUCAAGUAGGGAUGAUUACGAGAGUGAAGAUUCUAGUGAUUGUAGCAAUUCUUCGUCUUUGUCUUGUUGUUCUUUAGAACGAAUUAGAAAAAAAUAUAGGAAAAUAAAUUAUACGACUAAAAAUUAUUGUAAAUGGUUAAGAAGAGGAAAUAGAAGUAAGCGUUUGAAUGACCACGUCUAUUUGAAUUAUUUAUUAAAAGAAAUGAAGUUACUUGAAGAUGUUACAAGUGUGCAUAAUUUAGUUUUCGGUGUGAAUAAUUAUAAAUAUGCUAACAAAAUAGAUAUAAAAAAAUGGUGCAAUCAUAAUAUAUCGUUUUAUGAAAAUAAAAAUAUUAAUUUUGGAUUACGUCAAUUUUUAAGUGGUCCUUGUGGUCUUAUAUCAAGUAUUCAAGGAUAUAUUAUAAUUAUUUUAUUAUUUAAUUAUAAAUACAAUUUCUUGUGGGAGAAUGAUUAUUUUAAUAUUUUAAAAACAAAUAAUGAUUUUUUAAAUUUUACCAGCAAUAAAACAAGUGAUCAAAAUUCUCCAGAUACAGCAAUCAAUAAUUCUAACGAAAUGAAUAGUACAAUUAAUUCAACAAAUAAUAAAGAAAAUUUUGAGAUUAAUGGAGCAUUAACAUUUGAAUUCAAAAAUAACAAUAUUAAGUCUAAUGAAGUAAAUAAAGAAAAUAAUGUACAUAAUAAUGAUAAUAAUAUAAAUAAUGAUAAUAAUAUUAAUAAUGAUAAUAAUAUAAAUAAUGAUAAGAAUAUAAAUAAAGAAAAUAAUGUACAUAAUAAUGAUAAUAAUAUAAAUAAUGAUAAUGAUAUUGAUAAUGAUAAUAAUAUAAAUAAUGAUAAGAAUAUAAAUAAUGAUAAGAAUAUAAAUGAAGAAAAUAAUGUACAUAAUAAUGAUAAUAAUAUAAAUAAUGAUCAUAAUAGAAGUAAUGAUAAAAGUAAUAAUAAUAAUAAUAAUAUUAAUAGUAAUAAAAAGCCCAGAUUUGAAAAAGAUACCAAUUUAAAGGAAGAGAAAUUUAAAAAUAAUUUUAAUGAAAAGGAUUAUGAUACCGAAUUUUUACAAAUAGUACGUGAUAAUAUUAGAGAUUUAAAAUAUUAUUCUUUGGUAGAAUCUUUAGCAUAUAUAUUAUAUCAGUGUACUGAUAAAUCUUAUUAUAUAAUAGCAUUUUUAUUACCUGAAUGCUAUGAUUAUUAUUAUUACAUGAACAAAAAGAAUUCAAAGGAAAAUGUUAUACGUGAUUUAAAAAAAAUAAAUAUUUAUUAUAAAGAGUUUAAUGGAAUAAAAGAUGUAAUAAAAUUUUAUUUAGAACAUUUUAUUUUAUUUUCUAGUUCAACAGGUGUUAUAUCAUUUUUAUAUUCAGUUAUAUUAACAAGGGGAAUAAAUAAUAUAAAAAAUGAUAUGGAUGAUAUAAACCAUCCCUUGAUAGGAAUAUAUGGGCAUUGCUCACAAGAAUUAGUUAACUUAUUAUUAACAGGUAGAGCAUGCUCUAAUGUGUUUGAUAAUAACAGUAUUAUAAAUACAUUUUCUAAUAGUGAUGUGGAUAUAUGCAUGUAUGAAGGUAAUACCCCUUUUACUUAUAACGUAAAUGAUUCGAAAAAUUCGAAAAAUCUCAGUUCACAAAGAUCAUCAUUCAGUAAAAAUAAUAUCGUUCUUAAGGGUAUAAACAAAAGACCAUUAAUUGGAUUAUUAACAGAUUUUGAAGCAUUUAAGUACUGUGAAGUUGGUAAUUUUUACAAAUAUCCUAUUUAUCCCAUAUGGGUAAUUAGCAGCUCUAAUCAUUAUACUGUUUUAUUUUCUCUAAAUAUUCAUAAUUCAAAAUGUACAAGUGAAGAAUUAUUUUUAGAAAAAUUAAAUAAGAUUUGGAAGAAAUACGAUAAAGAAAAUAAUAAAUAUAUUUUAUCUCAUUUUAUUCCUCAAUUCAUUGAAGAUCUGAAUUUAAAAGAAGAAUAUAAAAAUCUUUUUGAUGGUUUUGUUAACGAUUUAGAUAUUUUAUUAUAUUCUGAAUUUAAAUCAUUUUAUUUGCAAAUGAAGCAAAAGGAUAUUAAUGAUCUUAAAAAUUCAGAUCCUCCAAAAGAAAAAUAUUUUUACUUAUAUGAUGCACAGGAAGCACCAGAAAGAACUAUUCAUUAUUUUCUUUUGAAAGAAGUUGACUAUGAUGUAUCACAUGACAAUCAUUUGAAGUUUUUUAAUACAAGGUGGCCAAACAAUACUGUAGAAAUAUUAAAUAUAGGAAAAAAGUCUUCUAAGCAUAAGCAUUCUUAUUAA